AUGGUCAUGGAUACGAGUGAAGCUAAGAACCGUAAAGUUAUGGCAGUGGAAAAGAUCGAUCUCGAAGUCCCUGAGACUGCUCAUCAGAUUAGUAGCGAUUCAUGGUUUCAAGUAGCAUUUGUUUUGACAACCGGUAUAAACAGUGCAUAUGUGUUGGGAUAUUCCGGGACAGUCAUGGUUCCUUUGGGUUGGAUUGGUGGUGUGGUUGGUCUAAUUCUCGCUACCGCGAUCUCCCUUUACGCAAACUCUCUUAUCGCUAAGCUUCAUGAGUUUGGUGGAAAAAGACACAUUCGUUAUAGAGAUCUUGCAGGCUUCAUCUACGGUAAAAAGAUGUACCGUGUUACAUGGGGAUUGCAAUAUGUCAAUCUUUUCAUGAUUAAUUGUGGCUACAUUAUACUUGCUGGUUCCGCCUUAAAGGCUGUUUAUGUACUUUUUAGAGAUGACAGUUUAAUGAAACUGCCUCAUUUUAUCGCUAUUGCGGGUGUUGUCUGCGCGAUUUUCGCAAUCGGUAUUCCUCAUUUAUCAGCUCUUGGAAUCUGGCUUGGAGUUUCAACAGUCCUCAGCUUGAUCUACAUUGUUGUUGCAGUAGUUUUAUCAGCUAAAGAUGGAGUAAACAAACCUGAAAGAGAUUACACCAUACAAGGAUCAUCAAUAGACAAACUCUUUACCAUAACAGGAGCAGCAGCAAAUCUUGUUUUCGCAUUCAACACGGGAAUGCUCCCGGAAAUACAGGCCACAGUGAAGCAACCAGUGGUUAAAAACAUGAUGAAGGCUCUGUACUUUCAAUUCACUGCUGGUGUUUUACCCAUGUACGCAGUUACAUUCAUCGGUUAUUGGGCUUACGGUUCCUCGACAUCGACUUAUCUGUUAAACAGCGUCAGUGGACCUCUCUGGGUUAAAGCUCUUGCUAACAUUUCGGCUUUUCUCCAAUCCGUUAUCUCUUUACAUAUUUUCGCAAGUCCGUCUUAUGAGUAUAUGGAUACAAAGUUUGGAAUCAAAGGAAGUCCAUUGGCACUGAAGAAUCUGUUGUUUAGAACGGUAGCACGAGGAAGCUACAUCGCGGUGAGCACGCUUCUCUCAGCGCUAUUACCGUUUCUUGGAGAUUUCAUGAGCCUAACGGGAGCGAUAAGCACUUUCCCUCUAACAUUCAUAUUAGCUAAUCACAUGUAUCUUGUAGCUAUGAACAAUAAGCUAAGUUCUGCUCAAAAGCUAUGGCAUUGGCUUAAUGUAUGUGUCUUUGGGUUAAUGUCUCUUGCUGCUGCAAUUGCUGCGGUUAGACUCAUCUCUGUUGAUUCCAAAAACUUCCAUGUUUUUGCUGAUGUUUGA